AUGGGCCACGGUGUGUCUCCUGCCCAGGAGGUGGCACGGACAGCGGCAGGCAAUGGCAAUGGACCCUCUGCACACCCCUCGUCCCUCCUACGGGUACCUACCUCGUACCCUCCAGGGUAUUCUGAUCAUGAGAUCAUAUCCUUGCCUACAGCAAAAAUAAGAUUAAACUGGCCAUAUUCAGGACAACUACAGAUGCGAAUGGGAAGAAUAGUUAUCUUGAGCGCCCUGCUCCUCGCCGCCGUGCUGGCCUCCGUCCUGACCCGCGGGAGGAGGGAGGGCGGCCCCGGGAUGCUGAGGUGGAAGGACAGAGGGACCACGAGGAACCUGCGAGAAGUCGUCCUGGGGAGAUGCUACAGCUACGUCCUGGCGCGGUACCCGGAGCUGGGAGAUAAGGAUUGCCUAAAAAUAUGGGAAUCAUUAAAACAUGCAUUCAUUUACAAGAAUCCCUGUAAUAUUACAUCAGAAGAUUAUCAGCCUUUGAUGGAGUUAGCGAGUCAUCCUAUACCCUGCAACAAGUCACUGUUUUGGAGCAAGACAAAUGACCUCGUUCAUCGUUAUACAAAAUCCAGUCAAAAUUUCCUUACCUUGGAGGACACCUUGUUGGGUUAUAUGGCUGAUAGGGUUUCAUGGUGUGGAGACCUCUCUGCCCCAGGAAUCAACUAUGAAUCUUGUCCAAAACGAAGUGAAUGUGAGAGCAACCCUAGCUCUGUAUUCUGGAAAAUGGCAUCCAAGAUGUUUGCAGAAGCAGCAUGUGGUGUGGUUCAGGUGAUGCUCAACGGAUCAGUAGAAGCUGGAGCUUUCAGAAGCAGCAGCAUUUUUGGAAGUAUUGAGAUCUUUAAUCUAAAUCCAGACAGAGUCUCUGCAGUACACAUUUGGCUUAUGCAUGACAUCGGUGGACCUCAGAGUGAAUCCUGCUCAGGUCAUUCCAUAAAGAGGUUAAAAAGCAUCUUAGAAGAGCGAAACUUUAAGAUCACCUGUGAAGACAAUUACAGGCCGGUUCAGCUCCUUCAGUGUGUGCAUAGCCCUGACCACACAGACUGCAGGCUCUGCACCAACACCACGGCAGCUCCAUGAAACAGAGUGCUC